GCUGAAGUGGAACAACUGGGGACUUGAACCAGCACUCGUGGGAUGCUGGCAUCACAAGCUGUGGCUUAACCUACUGUGCUACAAUGACAGCUCCUAUUUAAGGGUCUCAGACAUCAUAGCUGAGAGCUGCUAUAAACGGUAUUCUCUGAUUUUAUAGUCUGCUUAUUGCUAGCAUAUACAAAACAAGUAAGUGUUGGUGGUUUUCCUUAAAUUUAGUACUGAAUGAUUAAUUCUAGUAAACUCCAUUUGAUUGUGUUAAUUUUAUUUUUCCUUCUUGCUUCUUAAGUAUCUUACUAUUUUAUUUCUUCUUUAUUUACUGUAUUGAUCAGGCCCUCCAGGGCAGGGCCCAGUAGUCUUUUUGUAGAGGGACAAGCAGGAAGGAAACUAACAGUUCCCCUGUGACUAUGCAGAUUCCUUCAUGGUUUGCUUAGCGGGUUCCGAGUGCUAGUGAGAAUGUCCUUAGUUACGUGUGUUCGUUUGAAGGGCUAUGUGCGCUUUUGAUGAAAUGAAAGGGGUCAGUUUUAUGGGGAGUUGGGGAGAAGAAUGAUUUACAACAGUGAAAAAAAAAAAGAAAAAAAGACAGUAAGGCAUCUUGGUAACUGCUGGAAAGGUUUGGAUUCUUUUGAGUGUGCCUGGGUAAAAAUGCUGGUCUGUAAUGCUUGUCUCUCUCUUUUUAAUCUAUUCAGGAAAAAUAGAAAUGAAGGUACAUAUGCACACAAAAUUUUGCCUCAUUUGUUUGCUGACAUUUAUUUUUCAUCAUUGCAACCAUUGCCAUGAAGACCAUGACCACGGCCCUGAGGAGUUUCACAGGCACCAUCGUGGGAUGACGGAAUUGGAACCAAGCAAAUUUUCAGUGCAGGAUGCUGAAAAUGAAAAAAAGUACUAUAUUGAAAAACUUUUUGACCGUUACGGUGAAAAUGGAAGAUUAUCCUUUUUUGGUCUGGAGAAACUUUUAACAAACUUGGGCCUUGGAGAGAUUAAAGUAGUUGAGAUUAAUCAUGAGGACCUUGGCCAUGAUCAUGUUUCUCACUUAGAUAUUUUGGCAGUUCAAGAGGGAAAGCAUUUCCACUCACAUAACCACCAGCAUUCCCAUGAUCAUUUAAAUUCAGAAAAUCAAACUGUGACCAGUGUUUCAACAAAAAGAAACCAUAAAUGUGACCCAGAGAAAGAGACAGUUGAAGUGUCCGUGAAAUCCGACGAUAAGUACACACGUGAACACAAUCAUCGCGCACACCAUCGCCAUCGUUUGCAUCAUCACCUGGACCGAAACAUCACUCGCCAUUCUCAUAAUGAUUCCGUUAGCCACAGGGAGCGUGGGGAGCCCCGACAUGAACCUUCAACAGAGACCAACAAAACACAGGCCCAGUCUGACAUCAGGCCACUGAAAGGAAGGAAGAAGAACAAGGAGAAAAACAAUGAAAAUUCUGAAGUGAACACACCUGGUUUUUCCCCUGUCCAUGGUCAGAGUGAACAGUCUGAGCAUAAUCGGGUCCACAAACCCGAUCGUGUACAAAACGUGGGUCAUUCUCACGGACACCUUCCAGAACACAGUGGCCACGGUCACGGUCACGGACACCAAGAUGCUGAUCCUGAGAACGAAGGGGAGCCUCGACACACAAGGAAGCGAGAAGCACCGCAUGUAAAAAAAAGUGCAAUUUACCCAGCUGCUAGUCACAAGGACCAUAAUGAAGAUGACCGUCAACAUGAAUGUUUGAAUGUCACUCAGUUGUUAAAAUACUAUGGUCAUGGUGCCAACUCUCCCAUCUCACCGGAUCUUUUUACAUAUCUCUGCCCUGCACUGUUAUAUCAAAUCGACAGCCGACUUUGUAUCGAACAUUUUGACAAACUGUUAGUUGAAGACUUAAAUAAGGAUAAAAAUUUGGCUCCUGAAGAUAAAGCAAACAUUGGGGCAUCAGCGUGGAUUUGUGGUAUCAUUUCUAUCACUGUCAUUAGCCUGCUUUCCUUGCUAGGCGUGAUUUUGGUUCCCAUCAUUAACCAAGGAUGCUUCAAAUUCCUUCUCACAUUCCUUGUUGCACUAGCUGUAGGAACCAUGAGUGGAGAUGCCCUUCUUCAUCUGCUACCACACUCUCAGGGUGGACAUGAUCACAGUCAUGAGCAUGCACAUGGACAUGGACAUUCUCAUGGACAUGAAUCCAAGAAGUUUUUGGAAGAAUAUGAUGCUGUGUUGAAAGGACUUGUCGCUCUAGGGGGCAUUUACUUGCUCUUUAUCAUUGAACACUGUAUCAGAAUGUUCAAGCACUACAAACAACAAAGAGGAAAACAGAAGUGGUUUAUGAAGCAGAACGCGGAAGAGUCGAGCAUUGGAAGGAAGCUUUCAGACCAUAAGUUAAACAACACCCCGGAUGCCGACUGGCUGCAGCUCAAGCCCCUCGCUGGAACUGAUGAUUCGGUUGUUUCCGAAGACCGGCUGAAUGAAACUGAACUGACCGAUUUAGAAGGCCAGCAAGAAUCCCCUCCUAAAAAUUACCUCUGUGUAGAAGAGGAGAAAAUCAUGGCUCAUUCCCACAGCGACGGCUUACACACCAUCCACGAGCACGGGCUCCACGCUGCUGCACACAACCACCAUGAUGAGAACAAAACUGUGCUGAGGAAGUACAACCAUCAGUGGCACCACAAACACUCCCAUCACUCCCAUGGGCCCUGCCAUUCCGGAUCAGAUCUGAAAGAAACCGGAAUAGCUAACAUAGCUUGGAUGGUCAUCAUGGGGGAUGGCAUCCACAACUUCAGUGAUGGGCUGGCAAUUGGAGCAGCUUUCAGUGCCGGGUUAACAGGCGGGAUCAGCACCUCCAUAGCCGUCUUCUGUCAUGAGCUGCCACAUGAAUUAGGUGACUUUGCAGUUCUUCUUAAAGCAGGCAUGACUGUAAAGCAAGCAAUUGUGUACAACCUGCUCUCAGCAAUGAUGGCGUACAUUGGCAUGCUCAUAGGCACAGCUGUUGGCCAGUACGCCAACAACAUCACACUUUGGAUCUUUGCCAUCACUGCAGGCAUGUUCCUGUAUGUCGCCCUGGUGGAUAUGCUUCCAGAGAUGUUGCAUGGUGAUGGUGACAACGAGGAACAUGGCUUUUGUCCAGUGGGGCAGUUCAUCCUGCAGAAUCUGGGCCUGCUGUCUGGCUUUGCCAUCAUGCUGGUGAUUGCCCUCUAUGAAGACAAAAUUGUGUUUGACAUCCAGUUCUGACCAUCCCCAGCCCUCCCUGCUGGUCACGGGAAUGUCACCAUGCAGCCUCGCAUCUGUCCCUUGUACAGCAGGCACGUUGCGCAAAGGAGAGUCCGUGGCUUGCACUACUUACGCGUUCCCUAGACUGGAGCCUAAUCCCAAGACCGGUGCUCAGGCCCAUCUCCCCUGUGUAAGUGGGGUCUUUUCAACCUACAAAGCUGGUGAUAAAGAGAGGAGAAAAUGGGACUCCUUGAACCGAUAUUGACAUAGGUUUAAGACUUUACAAGAAAAUCAUAUACAACACUAAAGUAGCCUGUUACUAGAAACUUCUGUGGCUAUGCAGAAAUAGAAAUUGAACCAAAAAAAUCAUUUAAACUUUAAAAAUAUUUUAAAUGGACUUUGGGCAGCAUUUUGUGUGUGGUAAGAAUGGAUAGUAGUGUCCUUUGAUUCAACUGCAUAAAUUCAUACGGUGAUAGGGAUCAGCUUGACACAACUUGGAAACUGCAGGAAGUAGGCUGUAGGAACUAGAGCAAAGCUCAGGCUGCAUCGGAGUAUGACGUUAGCAUUGGAAAACCCCUUAUUCUUGAAUCUAGAGUUACUAUUUUUGUAUAUAUUUGCAUAGUUUAAACUUGCAGCCUAAACUACUGAAAUUUGUGAUUGUAUGUUUGUGUGAGCUUCAGUUUUAAUGAAAGAUUCAUUAAUGGUUCUUCAUAUUAUUAUAAUACUUGGUGUUUGGGGGUAUUCUGUUUUGUUUUUGCUUUAGUUUUGUUUUUUGUUUUGGGCUGUUGUGGGAAGGGAGUUCAGAGCAUGUGGUCAAAUGUUUAUUCCUUAAAAUUGUUUCCCUCUAGAAAAUAUAAAACCAAUGAACCCAAACAUAGCCAAAAUACUCAGUUUUCAACUUUAAUAGUACUCACUUGUGAAUUAGGAAACUUAAGUACUGAACGUUCAUAUUACUUGACUAGUUCGCCGUUGGAACCAAGAGCGCAUGCUGUGGUCGGUAGUGAAGUUGCAAGGUAGAAAAUCCACGCUGACCACAUCUCUACACCAAGUGUCAACUACAGCGGCUACCAGGAUACCCUCUGUUGAUCCUGGAGGCCAGCCUGGUGCCAGGUGACUUGAAAGGGGUAUGAAAAUAAUUGAACUGAAAUCACUUGACCAUUUUGUGCCAAGACAAGCUGUUGGUGCCUGGUAGGUAUCAGUCUCUUUUUUAGGUGCCCUGUUUUCCUACCUUAAUUGUCACUGAUUGGUAAGAAGUGCAAGCCAUGUUUAUCCUGCAUUCUGGUUUAAUAAUUAGUAGUAGUAGGCGGCUGCACGUGGCUUUCUUUUUGUGCCUGUGCCUCCCAGUCUUCAGUUUUGCUGGGUAAUCUGUAAUUGAACUGUGAGCAGCUAGCUUCGUUUUAAUCUGCUCGGCAAACAGUACAGCUGCUUUAAAACUCUUAAGUGUUCAGAUAUGUCAGAGCCAAACUCUCUCCAUUCCAUUUCCAACAUUUCUAUGUGGUCCUCCUCCUCUCCCCAACUCCAUGAACGCCAUGAACCUUUUCAAACACAACUUUGAGAGCAGCACAUCCGUCCAUGUAUUAACAGGCUGUUGCCAGUGUUUAUGCGGUAAGCAGGGGAACUUGGCUGUGUUGUUUAACUUUAACUUGGGCUUGGAUUGGGAAAAAAAGAAAAAAAAAACAACUUUUUUUCUGGCCUCCUUUUAAUAAGUAGAAGUUUUAUAUAAAGAUUGUCUUCAGCACUGGUCAUGGAGUCAGGACACUCCUCAUCUCAUUGCUUGGCCCUUCAAGCAACCUAGCUAAAGGUGCUGACAUUUUAUUUCAUACUGCCAACUUCAAGUGAUUCAACUUGCUUUCUGAACCAAUAUAUAUUUAUAGUUCAUUAUUUGGUUUUUAUACCCGAGGAGGAUUCUGCAUUCCAGCAUUAAAUCUGCUUCACUUAAAAACUUUUAUGAAAAGCAACAGCUGGAAUGUACUCCCAGUCUUAAAAUAAAUGCCUGAUUUAUAGCAAAUGAGUUAUGCUGAAGUAUAUAAAAUUUUAUAUUCUCUCACAAGUGGUAUUAUCUUUAUUUGCUAGAUUUUUUUUUAACCUUUUAAGAGGGCUGUAAAAGUUGCUGCUAGUAUUUUGUUGGGGUUCCACCAGUAUUUAGCUGUCACAAGAUUCUAAUGUAUAGUUUCAAGUCUUACUAGACAAUCUGAAUUCCACUACAUUUCUGUUUGGCUCCAACAUUCCAUUUAGCUUGACCAGUCUAACUCGCGUUUGUUGGAGGUCAUUUAUGUUACUUGUACAAUGCUGUCACUGUGUGACAUCUGUAUGAAUUUUGGUGUAUAUCACAUUGCAUUCAGUCAGCUGUGAUUAUGCUUA